AUGAGCGGGCGCAAUGAGGCCUUUGAGCACUUUCUCAAGACGGGAGAGCUCAUGGACAGCCAGACGUUUCGAGCAAGGCAGCAGACAACCAGCUCAGGGCGGUUUGGGCGAUCCGGGAGUGCACGCACCUCGUCCCUCUACUUUGCGGAUAAUGAUGAGGAACAGCUUGGCGUCAGCAAGAGCCGCAGCCGCUGGAUCAAAGCCACCCGGCACGCCCUCAACAAAGAUGCAACUGCUGCCUCAGCCCCAACAGCUAUGACGACGACACAGCCUGCUGCAGCAACAGGAGCAACAUUGGCGACCAGCGGCCGCCCGCUCGUCAGCGCAAGCGCAAUGCAACAACAACAGCAACAACAACAACAACAGCAGCAGCAGCAGCAGCAGCAGCAGCAGUCUCGGUUCCAAGCAGGAAGUGGAAGACCUCCGUUGAUGCGUGCGCCACGCGUGAGCCUGCAAACUUCGGUAGCACGCACGUCUGUCAGUUCCGUGUCGUCCGACCACGACACCGUGUCACCGCCGCAGUCGCCCUUCCACGCCCAGCGCAAGACGUUGUUUGAGACUGUGGAGGAAGAGAUGCCGAGCGAGCUUGAUGUGCGGCCCGCACCAGGCAGCCACGACGAAGAAGACGACGAUGGCGCGUUGAAGGAGGAGGACGAGUAUGAGGAUGAGUUUGAGGAAGAAGAGGAAACGGAGGAAUCGCGCGGUGGGGGAGCGACAACUUCAAGCGGUGGCGGCGAUACAGAACACAGCACAGACGAUGGUGGCAGGGAAGACAAUGCAGGGGAGGUGGAAGUGAAGGAAAGAGUAGCGCAGUCGCAGGAAAGGGCGCAGGACCGUGACGAUCGCGUGAAAGGCCUAGCGGCAAGGAUGAGGGAGCUCAGACAAGCAAGGCACAAGCAGCAACAGGAAAAGGAGAAGGAAGACCAGGAGGAGGAAUUAACAGAGGAUGGCGAGCGAGAGGAGGACAAAGACAGCGCAGAGGCCAGCGAACCACCGCAACACCGCCAACAGCCAUCAUCACACCAGCGAGCACCCAAGACGUCUGUCACAACCGCUGCUGCUGCUGCUGCUGGAGACAGGGGUGCGGCUGCGAGAGCAGCGCCUCAAGCCGACACGAGUGGUGGUGAUGAUGAUGAUGAUGAUGAUGAUGUCGAUAAGAGCAUCACAAGGACGGUGUCACCUGUACCGGUGCACGUGCAGCGGGACAGCCUGGACGCAUCGCCCACCUCGGAACACAACCAAGACACUGGUGGCGGUCGCGGUGCUGAGGGGAGGGGUAAGGGUGGUGCAGGCAAGAAACAAGGAGACGAAAGCGGCAGUGAAAGUCGCGAAGACAAAGAAGCAGGACGAGAAGAAGAAGAAGACAAAGGACGAGAAGAAGAAGAAGAAGAAGAAGAAGAAGAAGAAGAUAAAGGACCAGAACAGCAGCAGCAGCAGCAGCAGCAGCGACCGCCACUGGACCGCGGCCUCACGCUCUCCACUGUUGGUCCGCCUGGUGCUCAGAUGCAGAACUUUGAGGACUUCUUCGCAGACAUGAGUAUGUCGGAGGCGUCCACGCGACCAGGCACACGCGGCGGCGGUGACGAGAGGAUGGUGGUCAGGGGUGCAGUGGCACAAGAAGAGGAAGAGGAGGAAAACAACCAACAACAACAGCAACAACAACAACAACAACAACAACAACAGCAACAACAACAGCAGCAGCAGCAACAGCAACAACAACAACAACAGCAACAACAACAGCAGCAGCACGAGACCUCGGCAGGCGUGGGCUCGCGGGCAACCACGCCGUCAAUGAUCCCGAAGCGUCGAAAACGCCGUCCAGCAGACACCACAAGCAGUAGCAGCGACAACAACAGGUUGGCUGUGCCCACGCUGUCAACAUCGUCGUCACAGCUGUCACCACGCCAGCCGCUUGACCACGGGUGCAGACUCCCCAUUGCCCAGCAGUAUGCAACUCCGCCCCAGGCAGUAGCAGCAACAGCAAGGGUGCGAGGGACAGCAUCAUCAACGGCUGGCGUUGUGGCUGCACGUGCAGAGGAGGCGGCGGCGGCGACAGCAGCAGAGAUGCGGGAUGAGGUGAUGAAGCACUGGAAGCAGGCCGACGCUGCCAGGAGCGCGCGCGAGCAGGAGGAGGUGGUUGCCUUUGCGGUGGACAACAAGGUGCGCGCGCUGCAACACCAGGUGAAGGUGCUGACGGCGAUGGUGGAGGCCGGGGCCAAGCAGCAGCGCGGCGCAGAGGAGACAAAGCGGAUUGUGGAGGAACAGGAGGGGAUGCUGCUCAACUUCCAGCGCGAGAACGACCGGCUGUACAAGUUGAUCAAGGAGGGUGAGGGCACGACCAAGCACAUGCUCGCGCACAUGCAUGCGGAGAACGAGCGAUUGACGGCCGAGAACUUCACGCUGCGCUCGCGGAAUGAGGUGUUGGAGGAGCAGCUCAUGAGUGCCGGCGCCAUCACCAACGCACGUGUUGUUGAACUGGAGGGCGAGUUGAAUGCAGCGAAGAAGGAGAGUGGCGAGCGAGAGGAGUUGCUGUCCCGACGCUGCGCACUUCUGGACGAACGCGUGCAGCACCUGCAGGACAAAUGCUCCACAUUGGAGGCGAACGCACGCGAUUACGAGCAAGUCACAGUGGUGCCGCUGCGGGAAACGAUUGAUGCGUUGCGCGUGGAGAAGAGCGACCUCACUCGCGCGCUCGCGGAGGCGCAGGAGAAGAUCAAGCACCUGCAGACGCAGGUGACACCAGGCGGGGUGCGUCAAGGUCGUGGUGGUCGUCGCGAUGGUGGUGGUGGUGGUGGUGAGGAGGAGGAGGACACGGCCAAGAACGGAGCGCAACAGCAGCAGCCGCGGCGGGGGCAACAAGACGAACAGCAGCAGCAGCAGCAGCAGCGGGAGCGGGAGCGGAAACAGCAGGAAGCGUUGGGAGAGCCAAAGGAAGAAGAGAGCGCGUUUGCAGCGAUGAUGAGUGAAAGUGCCAAGGACACGCACACCGUGCUGCGGAUGAAGCUGGCGGAAAAGACGAAGGAAGCGAGCGCGUUGGAGGAGGAGCUGCGUGCUGCGCGCGCAAGCAUGCAGGAGAAGGUGGCUACCUUCCAGCAACAAAUGCAAAGCAUGCGUGAGGAGUUUUCCAAGCACACGGCGCACCUGGAGAAGCAACUGCGAUCUUCGGCGUCGCCUUCGUCGUCACUGCGACCGCACACGCGCGUGAAGGAGUUGGAGCAAGAGCUGGCGGCGCUCCGGCGGCGGCACAGAAAUGCCGACGGCGGUGACAGUGCAGAGGCAGCAGCAGCCCUCGCCGAGCAGAAGAGGAUUGCGUCAGCAGCGGUGAAGGAGCGGGACGAGCUGCGUGAUGAAUUGGAGCGAUUGCAUCACGACGUGCAGGCGAUGAAAGGGUUGCGAAGCAAGUACGACGCAGCCAAGGCGGCCAUCAAAGAUCUUGAGCAGCGGCUGAGCGCGGCGCUGGCACUUGCUGAGGACCACCGGAAGGGGAAGCAGUUUGCUGAGGAGAAGGCGCGCGUGUCUGCGCAGCAGCUGCAGCGGGACUUUGCUGCGAAGAUUGAUGCGCUCGAGAACCGCAUUGCAGACAAGGAGCGGGAGGAGCACGUGGUGAAGGAGCUGCAAGCAGCCGUGCAUUCCCUGUCGCGCAAGCUGGAGACAGCGCCAACACACGAGCAGGUGGCGCUGUACGAGCGAACCAUCCGUGACUUAGAGCUGCAGGUGCGCGACAAGGAGGCCGAGCUUGCUGUCGCCCGCAAGUACCACUCGCCCGGCAUGCAGCACUACAACCUGUUGCUGCAGCGCAUCUCAGAGCUUGAGGCAAAGCAGCGGGAUCGUGAACAGCACGUGAAGGAGCUGCUCACCCGCCGCGAUCACACCCACACCGUGGACGUCGAAGACGUCAACAACAAGUGGCGGCGUGCAUUCCUCGAAAAGGCCGCCCAGGUGACUGCACUGACGGAUCGCGUGGAGGAAAUGACGUCUGUUCUCCGUCUUCUUCGUGCGCGCGGUGUCAGAAUACCACACAACACACACCUUCAAACGCCGUAAUGUGUGCUCGGUCGCGUAAGGUCGAGCGCACAUGUUCCCCCCCCCACCCUGCCUGUGUUCAUAUUAAUUUGCUUGUCCACACGAACCAACAUGUGUCCUCGCUGUCGUGUUAAGUGAACCCCCCCCCCCGGCCAUGCAUCCAUAAAUGAUUCCACACAA